AUGGGUUUCCUGGGCAAGCUGGCGGCGCUGCCAAAGCUUAGCGGGGCGCUGGCGGGCCGGGGCUGCGGUGCCUGGCGGCAGCCGGGCCGGCCCUGUGCGCGCGUCCCGUUCCCGCUGCCACUGCCGGCCCGGGCCACGGCCGCCCCCUGCCCGCCGCCCGGCGGCCGCGCCGCCUCCUCCCGGGCGCUGGGCAAGUACGAGGAAGUUUUUCGGUCCUGCCUGGCGGAGCCGGAGAAGCUCUGGGGGGAAGUUGCCGAGCAGAUCCAGUGGUACAAGCCCUGGGUCCGGACCCUAGAGAGGGGCAGCCUGGGGAGCGCCUCCUGGUUCGUAGGUGGAGAGCUGAAUAUGUGUUACAACGCUGUAGAUCGUCAUGUUGAGAAUGGACGAGGAGACCAAACUGCCAUUAUUUAUGACAGUCCUGUAACAAAUACCAAAGACAGAAUCACAUACAAGGAACUUUUGAAACAGGUCUCCAAGUUAGCUGAUGUCAUGAUCAAACAUGGUGUGAAGAAAGGCGAUCGUGUGGUCAUCUACAUGCCCAUGAUUCCACAGACAGUGUACUGUAUGCUGGCUUGUGCAAGAAUAGGAGCCAUCCACAGCCUGAUUUUUGGUGGGUUUGCAUCUAAAGAGCUUUCGGUUCGCAUUGAUCAUGCAAAGCCCAAACUUAUUGUAACAGCAAGUUUUGGUAUAGAACCGAAAAGGAAAGUGGAAUACAUAUCUCUCCUAGAAGCAGCACUGGCAAGGGUACAGAGCAAACCUGAUAAAGUUCUCGUUUACCAGCGACCUAAUUUGGGCCAUGUUCCUCUUACCAAAGGUCGUGAUCUUGACUGGGAAGAAGAGCUUGCAAAAGCCCAGUGUUCAAAGUGUGUCUCUGUUCCCUCAGAUCAUCCACUUUAUAUUCUGUAUACAUCUGGAACAACAGGUUUGCCCAAGGGUGUUGUGAGACCAACUGGUGGCUAUGCAGUUAUGCUGAACUGGACCAUGUCCGCUGUAUAUGGCCUCAAACCUGGUGAGGUAUGGUGGGCAGCUUCUGAUUUAGGCUGGGUUGUUGGUCAUUCCUACAUUUGCUAUGGACCUCUCCUUCAUGGUAAUACUACAGUUUUGUAUGAGGGGAAGCCUGUGGGAACGCCAGAUGCUGGUGCCUAUUUCCGUGUCCUAGCAGAGCAUGAAGUAGCUGCCUUCUUUACUUCACCAAGUGCAAUUAGAGCAAUCCGUCAGCAGGACCCUGAGGCAGCCUUGGGAAAGCAGUACUCGCUGAAAAGAUUCAGAACAAUGUUUGUAGCUGGUGAGCACUGUGAUGUGGACACGCUAGAAUGGUCAAAAAGAGUCUUCAAGGUACCUGUCUUGGACCAUUGGUGGCAAACUGAAUCUGGUUCUGCAAUUACGGCUUCCUGCAUUGGUUUGGGGAACUCUACAACACCUCCACCUGGACAGGCAGGAAAACCAGUGCCAGGAUAUAAUGUCAUGAUUCUGGAUGAAAAUAAGAAACCAGUGAAGGCAAAGACUUUGGGAAAUAUUGUGGUAAAGUUGCCUUUGCCUCCUGGAGCUUUCUCAGGUCUUUGGGAAAAUGAAGAAACCUUUCAGAAGUUGUAUUUCCAAAAAUUUCCAGGAUAUUAUGAUACUAUGGAUGCUGGUUAUAUGGAUGAAACUGGCUAUCUGUAUGUCCUGUCUCGAGCUGAUGAUGUGAUCAAUGUUGCUGGACACAGAAUUUCUGCUGGUGCGAUUGAAGAGUGUAUUCUCUUCCAUCCUGCUGUGGCGGACUGUGCUGUUGUGGGCCAGGAGGAUCCUUUAAAAGGACAUGUUCCAUUUGCACUGUGUGUACUGAAACAAGGUGUAAAGACAGAAGAGAGUAAGAUUUUGAAAGAGAUUGUUGAGCGAGUUCGGACCAACAUUGGUCCAGUAGCAGCUUUCCAGAAGGGGAUGUUUGUGACACAGCUGCCAAAAACACGCUCUGGCAAGAUCCCACGUUCUGCUCUUUCUGCACUUGUCAGUGGAAAGCCAUACAAGAUAACACCAACCAUUGAAGAUGCUAGUGUGUUUAAAUACAUUGAAGAAUUGCUAAAGAAAAAUUAAAUGGGAUAAUACAUAAUAACGAGCAUUUCAUUUGUAUUCAAGUAUACAAAGAAGCAUUUUUUUUGUUAAUAGCACAUUUUAAUAACAAGUAAUGAUUUGGGACUAAAUGUUUUUACUACAGAAACAUUACUGUGUUCUUUACCAUCUUACCACAGCCACUGACACAUAGUGAAGUCUCUACAUGCUGUCAAUAUAUUCUGGUUAUUAAGAUGGCUAAGAAUUGCAAAUAGAAUUAAUUCAUUGCUGUAGACUUAAAGGGAAGGAGUCAUUGGAUUAUCCAUCUUAUCUGGUGUCAUGUAACCUUACAUUUCAAUCUGUUAUUUUAUAAUGUGACCAGUAACUUUUGUUUGCCUAAAGCAGUUAACAAAGGGUAAACCAUGAACAAACAAAAGUAAAAAAGGAAUUUGAUUGUGAAAAUUGUUGCAGACAUAAAUUGUUCUUACUUGUAAAUUUUAAGUUCUUGUCUUUUUGAUUUUAUCUAAAAUUAAAAAUUUUAAGAUUAGUUCUUUUGAUUUAAUUUUCUUUUUUUUUUCCAAAGUCUUUCUGCCAUAAAUUAAAUUUCUAUACAUUUUUUACUCAAUAACUUUCUGAAGAGUCUUUUUUGUAAAAUGAUAAGUAAUUCCUGGCUUUCAAAUCUUGAUUUGUCCACAGUGAAAAUCCUGAUUGGUCCACAGUAAUAUUCAGAAAACCCCAUGUAUAUUAAAUAAAGGCAGGCAUUUAUCCUUUGCAUUUUCUGGUAAUUUUUUUUGUAGUUUUUAUCUCUUAUGAUGAAGACCACCAGAAUGUGCUUUUGCUGCCAUAAUUAAGCAUUUUAGGCUGAGAUAGACAUAACCAAGAAAUUUAGCAAAUAUGGAUACUAAGCAGCUCAUUCUGGACUUUAUAGGCCAUUCCAGACAGGUACAGGGUUCUCAACAGGCCAGGGGAUGGAGGAUACACUUUUGACAUACAUUACUUCUCAAACUGCAGGUAUUUAAUUGAACAAUAAAUGUGAAGGUCCUUAUAAGAGUAGAUGCUUUUAUAUAUAGAAGCAUCUUAUAUAUAUAGAUCUUAUAUAUAUAGAUAUGUGGAAAGUAUAAAAGCAGAGAAGUUGCUUAAACUCAGCAGUGCUUACCUGAGAAAAAAUCAGUAAGUAAAAAAACCUGAGAAAAAAUCAGUCACAUGAUGUCGUUGUGUAAGAGAGGUCCCCAAAAGGUUCCAGAAAUACUGUUAUGUAGUGGAGGAUAGAGGUAUGGAUGAUAUCCCUGUAAAGUGAUGAAAUAAACCAAGAGAUUGAUGUAGGAGCCAAAAGGUAAUAGGUUCCACUUAACAUGAGCCAUACCCUGGUGGUGCCUUGUGCUUGUGACCCUUUUUUGGUGUUGGUGAGCUCUACCAUUUACAUAAGAACUGAAUAAAAUGUCCAUGUGUUUUUCACUAGGGACUGCAGACAGCUGGGCCAGUCAUGUUGAACCAGGUCAUACAGUCUUGUUAGAACAGCCCAGUUUGAGCCUGUGCUGUCCUUGUUUCCUGCCAAUCAUUGCAUAAGAUACCCUCCUCCCUCUCAGCUAUUCUCUUCCGUUGAAAAUCACAAUCUGAACAGGGAAUAAAACAUGCAAACACUGAAUAAAGGCUAAUGAUGCUUUAUGGUAGAUAUGCUACAUAUACAGGUUGGAGAUUUAAAACUGGGAAUAAUUUUGCUCUUCAGAGAUGUCCUUAAAGUUUUGUGAAGUAAUUCUUAUAGAAGUGGCAGUUAGUUUAAGAUAUUAUUUUCUUCUGGACUAAUUACUCAAAUACAAAGGCUUUAACAGGAGGCCGAUGGAUAUACUGGACUGGACUUGCAGAGACUUUUUGCUUUUUCACAAUGCUACAACUUAGCAACCUGUACUGAAGAGUUACAGAGCGAGAGGGAAUUCUUGAGAGUUGUCAGUGGUGUAUUGUUUUUUUAAAUCAGUGAGACACUAUAAGAGUCAUCACAGAGAAACUGUGGCACAUUCACAAGGUGUGUGGCCACUACUUUUACAAUUGAAGGUGAGACAUUGUUGUGUAUGUUUGUUAUCCUUACCUCAGCUGCAGCCAUCAUAUAAUUGCAAGAACAGGGGAGGGGAACUAAUUAGUGAGAGCAGAAAAUCUCUACAAGAGAUCUUGCAAUGCAUGUAGGGGAAGAGAAUUAAUUUUCUAGAUCUUGCAUAAUUUUCCCAAUGAUUACUCAUGCUCCUACACCAGUUUCUCCUUUUGUAAGGAAAAGUAAACUGAUUUCUAGUUUGGGUCUCUUCUUUUAAGGAGGUGAAAAAAACCCACAAAAUCCCCAACAGCAUUAGUAAUAUUCAGGCAUGCACUUACCUUUCUGAAGGGCUGUGUGCUUACAUUAAUAUUAGUAAGAAACAAUUAUCUUUCCUCAGAAUUCUUCAUAAAGAGCUUCGAUAGGUAACAUUCUUAAGGUGUCUGCAUGACAAAAAUAUUUGUAAAAAUUUCUGUUUUCUGAGGAAGCCUAUUUUCUUUCUCUCUAUUUUGGUAGAAGUGAUUUCAGAUCAAAACUUGUAUUUUAAAAGAGGACAGAGCAUUCAGGUGUGCUCACUAUACUGCCAUGCUGGUAAUGUGGAGAAUUCCAGAAAUGUCAAAUGUCUCAUACAUCAAUAUUCAGAAAACCUAGACAAAGAAAGGCACCUUAUUGCAGCGAUACAGUAUGGAGAAAUCAUUGUUUAAUGGCCAUUACUUUUGUUUUCCAAAAGAGCUUUUUGCUGAGGAGCUGCAAUUGCAGAAUGCUUUGUCUUAGCCCAGCUCAAGAAAGGGAGAAGUAGUUACCCUUAUACCUGGUUCUGCUGCUGCCCAGCAACCUGGGUAAACCAUCAAGAACAAGAAGCCUAUUUAACGAGUGGUAGGACAGCAGUGAUUUUCCAAAUUUUGUUUUCAGAGAGAAGCAGCAAGAGGGUAGAUUUGAAGGGUCACUGAGUUGCUGAGUUUUGGCUGAAAGAGGCACAUGUAGUAGUUACUCUCAGUGUACUGAAAGGGUUGGAGCCAAGUAGGCAACAGUUAGCAUAACUGCUGUUUCUGGCUGUAGAGGGUAGAGCUUCAGCUUGUGUGAGGGAGACAGUGAUGAAUUAGGAGGCUUGAUGUGUUAUCCUAAAUCAAAACUGAAGUCACAAUAAUACUAUUUUAAAUUCUUCUAGUCUGUUUUCUUCCACUGUGAAAUAUAUAAUUUCUGGGAUAGACAACUUCCACUCUGGUCAUAAAAUCUGGUUCAUUCUUUUCCCCAACACAUUUCAUUCCCCUUUGCCGCCUAAGUUUUAGUGUUGGCUGCAAAAGGAAUUUUGUAAAACAAGAGCUGGUGUUUGAGGUAAUGUGAAUUUACAUGAUAUUGCUGCCACUGAUAGUGACAGUGGCAGUGUUUGCAUUGCUUUAAUUUGUGAUAUUCUGCCCUAAAAUAAUCCAGAAGGAGGCUGAGGGAGGAGAAGAAUGUUGGUCAAGCCCAAGGAACUGUGUGUACAAGAGCCCCAAAUUUCUACAGUUGUGUGCUAUACCCCUGCCAGCACUUCGCACCCAUCAGCAAGAUCUGUGCUCCCUCUCGUGGCAGAUUCUCAUCCUAACUCAUCCCUAUUAGUGCCAAAAUGUUCUUGUUUAGCUGUGAGAAGCAUCUAGUUUCCAAACUUAAUGCUACUACAUACCAAAUGCAACAGACUAAUGAACACAAAUAGCACUGAAUUCUCUUUUUUAUUGACAUUGGGGGAGAAAAAUCUUUCACCAUCUGAUUGACCGAAGUUUGCCAAAUAAAAAUAGACAAAACAAAUGUUAAUGUACGUGCAAACAUUGCAGAUCAAACUGCUAAAAGAAAUAACUAAAAGACAGGUCUUGAGCUAAGAUCAAGCAGCUGAAAAAUAGCAAAUAGGUAAAUGACUAUUAAGUAGGUCUUACUUUGAAACUUCCCAUUUAAACAAAGAAUAAACAACAAUAACACCACCAAAUAAAGCCACAGCAGGUAAUAGUUGCUCUUCUAAACUUUUAUACACUAUAUAUUAAUCACUCUGUCUUUCAGUUAUUUCCUCUGAUAAAACUGACUUUUGUGAAGUCUCAGCAAGGCCAUCUUGGCUAAAAGCAUAACAUUAGACAGGAAUCUGUCUAAUGCCCUGUUAGAAUGAAGAAAUGGUGGGGGUUGGCUUCUUUUUUCUUUCUUUUUCUUUGCUGAAUAUAUCUGGAAAGAAGAAUCUGACUCUAUGCAAAUACUAGAUUUACUUUUCCAAUACUGGCUGGUGUUUGAAGAUCCUGGAGCAAAAAGGUGGCUCUUGGUAAAGCAAGAUUCUUCUUGGUCCGCAGGUAAUGUAGAAGAAAGUUUUUGGUUUUUUUGUACAAAUCAUGUUUUAUUAAAUUGCUUUUUAUUUUUUUAUAAAUAGUUCUUCUGGAUUUAUGUGUUUGUUUUUAAGAGGUGAGCCAUCAUGGUGCUUCUCUGUAGGUAUCUAACAUUUCCAUUUUGUCUUUAGAGGUCCAUUUUGGCUUCAGUUCCAGGUUAUGUCAUUCUAUUAUACAUCAUCAGAGGCAGGUGUUCAGCUUUAAAUAUUGACAGAUUUUUCUCAGUAGGAACAUGUUGAAGCUUCUAACUCUGCUAAACAUAUUAAUUUGACUGUUACAAUCCAAAAACUGUAAAAAUGGUGGAAUGGAAA